AUUUGGUGCGUUCAUGCUUGUAAUAUAGAAUUACGAUUUUACGUCGUUUGUUAAACUCUAUUUACCGUGUGCAUUUUCGGAAAGUUAGGAACAUUGUGAUACAGGUUAAAUCCGUUAUUCACAUUUAGGAUCAAGACUGAUGAAGACAGAGGAACAUAUCAAUGGCAUCGAUAUCCAGCCUUUCGGAUGCUAAGGAGAAGGAACAAAACUAUAUACGGUUGAAUCUGUUGAUUGUCAAGCUUUUAACGUUUGUACUGAAGGCCAGAUUUGACCAUAUCGUUCCGCCAGUGACCUUCAUCAUCAGUUGAAAACAUUUAGUAGCACAAUCAAGUACGGCAAGCAUAAGAAAAUUAUAAGCCAAAAGCAGUUUGAACUACUGUUUCCACAUAAUACUUCUCCAAGUUCUGACAAAUUUGAUAUAACUUUGCUAGUAUAUUUGUUGAGACAUAUAUGUAGUUUUGAUGGAAAAUGCACAUAGUGGAUAGAAAAAGACAACAGUAACAUACCAGAUACUGUUGAAGAAGAAAUUGCAGAUAGUGUUAGAAUCCGAAAUCUACGAAAUGAGGUUUGUUCAUGUAAAUAUAGAUUCACGGCACAUUUUGAGUUUCUUUAAUUUCGACAUGUUGUUAACAACAUAUCUUUCUAGAAGUAUGUCAGAUUAAAAAAAGUAUCUUCAUAAUAUUUAAAGGUACUGACAAAGUGCAAAUCGUACAUUCAUUUCUGUCAAGAUAUUCAAUAUAUGACACAGGAAUGUGCCGUUAUAUACGAAGUCAAGUGUAGACAACAAUCAGAGACCGUUGUACAACUGUUCAAAAUAUGUUGGAAACUCAGUUAAAACCGUUAACAGCAAUGACAGAAAUGUCAAUGAAAAUCUCGAAAAAAAAACGAACCCGUAUUUCUUCUGAAAAAUUAAGUAACUGAAACUGAAAAAGCAAAGAAACAGAUGAAAGCUAAAUAAGAAUAGAAAUGUCAAUGAAAAGCUCGAAAAAAAACCGAACCCCUAUUUCUUCUGAAAAAUUAAGUAACUGAAAUUGAAAAAGCAAAGAAACAAAUGAAAGCUAAAUAAGUGAAAAUGAGUAUGCUUUACGAAUAGGAAAUAUGAAAACUCUACAAUCAAAACAAAAUAAAAAUCAACUUCAGGAAAACAUAUCAAGAACGAGGAAGCAAAGGCAAGUACAGAAAGAUAACGUUUUUGAAAUGAGGCAGGACCAAGAAGAGAAAAACUCUGAAUUUUAAAACGAAAUUGAAAAGUAAUCGAAUAAUUAUAUCAAGUACGAAGUGUAGUAGAUCUCUUGAAGUCUGAAACAGUUCAAACAUUCUGUGAGGGCAAAUACACAAACGAACUAAGAGAGUGUUGCAGGACUCUUCUCACAGACUGCUAUAUAAGCAUGAACAGAUUGUCUUGUAUCAUUAAAACAGUUUUGCUAACAUUUACUGGAUAAGUCCCGGAACGUCUGCCUCGAAAGGUCAUGGACUAAAUCAAAAUGCAAUCAUGAUUUUCAUGACAAAUGUGAGAGUGAGUGCCCAGGUGACACUGAAAAGUGACAAGGUUUAUAAAAUAUAAAUUCUAUGACUCUCUGUUCAUUGAAGGUAAUUCAUGGCUUGAUGCUCUUACAGUGCUAGCUCUUGAGCUUUUGUCAGCGCAAAACCUCAUUCUUCUUGAAAAACAAGGAAGUCAUAUAUUGCCAGUACUCAAACCCAGGACCAUAUUUAACUGAAAUGGCAUGGAAUGCCCAUAGAACAGAGCAAAGCCGGCAUCAUCUAUAUUCAUCCUUGAAGCAAUCGUGAUGUAUAGUUUCAUGGUUGCGCUCACUUGAUGUAGCGCGAAAUAUUGUGCUAAAUGAUACACCUUAUAUGACAUUUUCGGUGAAAAAGAAAACAUUCUGAACGAGAAAACUUAAACUUGAACAAUAUAUGAAAUCAAAGUUAAAAGCAAAGGCAAUGCUACGUCUUGGUGCAACAAGUGGAAUGCAACAGUUAUCUUGGGACAUUACAAUGAUCAAAACAGAACCACUUGAUAUUGUUAAGGAGAAGAUAACCUACAUUCAACAGUCACCUGGUCACUGCAACAAUCGUUGUGAUCAAAUGCAAGACGAAUACGAAUCUGUCAACGAUGAGCAAGAUGAUAACGAUGCUUUUAUUGAUGGGAAAGAUGAUAACGACCAUGAACAUAAUUCGCAGGGAAAGUACGAUAUUUUUAUUGAUGACCAAUAUGAUAACGACCACUAUGACGAGUUGACUUUGGAAUAUGAAGCUUUUCUUGAUCGUAAUGAUGAAAUACACGAUGCUUUGUUGUACUGGCAAGACGAGUUGAACCAAUAUGAUGAAUUGCAAGACAGGUAUGAGGAUUUUGUCCGUUGGAAAAAAUAUUAUAACCGUUAUGUUGAAUUGGAAGACGAUUACAAUAGUUGUGUUGAUAGGCAAUAUAAUUACAACUGUUAUGAUGAGUUUCAAGACGAAUAUGAAGCCUUUGUCGGCGGACAAGGUCAUAACAACCAUUAUGAUGAACUGCAAGACGACUAUUACAAUGAUUUUAUUGAGAAAGAACAAGAUGAUUACGACUGUGAUGAUGAAAUGCAAGACCACUACGAUUCUUUUAUUGAUGAGCAAGAUGAGUACGAAUAUGAUGAUGGAUUUCAAGACGAUUACGAUAAUGUUGUUGACGGAGAACAUGGUUACAAAUAUGAUGAUGAAUUACAAGCUGAUAACGAUGAGUAUUUUGAGUGGCUACAUGAGAUAGACAAUGAGUGUGAAUCGCAAGACAAGUACGAUGACAAUAGUAAUGAUGACGUGCAAUACGAGUAUGAAGCUUUUAUUGAUGAGCAAGAUUAUUACGAUUUUAAUGAUGAAUUUGAAGACGAUUAUGAUAGCUUAAUCGAUGAGCAUGAUGAUUACGCUUUUUAUUAUGACUCGCCGGAGGAUUUCGAUUCUUAUGAUUACGAUCGCUAUGAUGGGUCAUAUGACGAAUACGACUAUUACGGAGACUGAGCGUUUAAUGAUCUCUUUCACGUGUGUUGUUAGGAGUUAUUACCGUACGCUAAUACAUAUCACUCACAUGUGAUCGACCAAAGCUCAUAUAGAAAAAAAACCUUGAUCUCAAUAUGCUUUCAAUUAUAAUCAGCGCGUUUGAAUACAUUGUUGUUUACUGUAACCAAAAACAAAAUAAUCGCAUCGCACAUGGCAUAGUGUGUUUUAUCUAAUUGUUUUUAAAAGGCAAUGUUUGCCUUUAUAACAAACAUGUCAGCUCUAAGUGUUUGUUAGCGUAUAGAAAGUUAAUCAUCAACACUAUGAAAACUAUUCAUUAAAACAAUAUAUAUGUCGGAAACCCCAUAUAAUUUCUUCGAAAUAUAAUUAUGACAACCGAUUUUAACAAUCAUGCUGAAUAUUGAAAGCUUCAUUUUGUAUAUACGUCCAUUAAUGCAAGACAUUUUAGAGUAUAUUAGAAAUAUAGUGUUGUGAUAUAUACAUUUUGUCAUGAAUAUGACUUGUUUUCUCUGAUAUUUCAAGAAACAUUUCCUUUUGUAUAACAUAUUAAGUCUCAACUAUAUUACAGGUCAAUAUGUAUAUUUACCUCAUAUUAUCAAAUGAGAGUAAUAGACGAGUAUGAAAAUGUAUACGUAUUUCGAUUAAUUUCGAGUAGUUUUCUCAUAACACUGGAUGGAACAUAGUUUGGAAGGAAUAAAUAAGCCAGUUUACAUACAAAGUCAAACCAAGCCAGGAACGUACGUAAUAAAUAGUCUGGCAUAAAAAGCAACAUCAAGUCUAAAUUUAGUUGUCUAACUUCACUGUGCCGUUAGUAUUAAUAUCAAGUAAUGAUACGGCAUUCGUUGUUGUCCAGAGAAAACUGAUGUUGGUGAUUUAUAUUAAGUUCCCUUUAAAUUGAAUGAGAACAAUAAAAGGAGAUGAAAACGAAAGUAAUUGUGAAGGACGGACGGACAACGACUACUGUAUGUCUCGCGUGUCCGCAACACCAGGGGAAUAAAAUCCCUGUUGGCGGUAGUUCUGUUCCGAUUAAACAAUUAGCGGACGAUCAUUAGAAAAUCAGAGGAGUCUUUCCUCAGAUUCGUUUCUCCUUUAUUUAUAUACAUAUAAAAAUUGGUACGGGUCAUCCAUCUUUACGAUCAUAUACUAGUAUUAAGGAGGUAGGUUACCUUAAUAUUUGUAUGUGCGCAUGUCCAACCGGAAGCUAGCGUGACGAUUUACGACGACGUUUACGACAAACUAAAUGUGUUUAUUUAUCCAUUCUUCUGAAAACAAAUCAUGAACCUGUAUCCAAUCUGAUGCUUUAUGGUUCAGUAAUGCAGAAAUAAUGAAUAUAUUUCCGCAGAAACGCUUCAAAACAAUGUUGCCUUAAAAUGACGUCAUUGACGUUAUGACGUUACGUGUCAGUUACCGCGCAAAAUCUAUAGCUUUUAUUUUGAAAGUACGUAAUUCUGUGCAUUUUCUUUAUUUGAACUAUUUUCAAACAACCAUCAUUGCUGAAAUAUUUUUAUGAGUCUUUUGCUCUGAAUAAUAAUCAAUAUUUUGCUUCUUUUAUGUAGUUAUAUUGAAAUGUUAUGCGGAAUGUAAAAUGGAUGAUGGUAACCAAUGUUAUUUGGAAUAUAGUUGGGUGAAAGGUUACUUGUUACGGCCAGUUUCAAAUAAAAACACUGGCAGUUUUAUUUGUAAUAUCUAUUUUUCAGUUCCCGUUGAUAACCUGUUACUUAUAUACUACAAAUAAGCUCUAAAAUUGUUCAGAUUUCAGUAGAAAAUUGUUGUUUCUUGAAUUGAAUUGAUGUUACCAUGGAAACGAAGCCCGUGACCUAUAUAUCUAAAUGAAAAUUUCAAAAGCGUUGACACUGGUCUAUUUACGGAACACAGCUUCGGCUUUUUAUUUUCAUUUCAACAAUAUCCAUGAGAAUAAUAGCAGCAUGCCGAAAGAGUUUUCCAUGAAAAAUGCCAAAACGAAGGGUACUGCUGUAAGUAUUUUAAGCUGUGAAAUUUGUUCAAAUGAAUGCAAAUAACACGAAAAUAUAACUUACGUUAGAAAUAAUAUGUUUUAAAGCUACAUUAACGAGAAGCAUAACUUUAUUUAAUAUUUUCUUAUAUGAAAUUACGACAAAAAGCAAGAUAUAAGCUAUUUUAAACAACUCUGUUGCCAUGGUUACUUUAAACUUUAAGAAACAUAGGGUACCGUGUAAAGUGCUUGGUAUUUUGCUAAUAUAACCCAAAUAUUCCAUGUUGGUCAUUAACAGAAUGACACUUAAGCCGUCGAAAACCCCGUUUUUAUACAUAGUUGUUCAAAAAUGACAGAGAAUGAGUUUCCAUGGAAACACGAGCCCCGCGACAUAUACAUUUUAAGCUUAUAUUAGAAAGCUAAUGCGCAUACUAGAAAAAAAAUCAAAUAUGCAGACUUCUACGGAUAUCAAUGAAUUUCAAACUAAAAUACACUGAAAAGUGUUAAUAUCGUAUUAUCCUUCUUCUUUCAAUAUAAAAUACCUGUGGAGGGUCGUGUUUUUCAAACCUGGAUAAAAAUUGUACUUGGAGGGACAGAGGUAAACGAAAUUGUGAGUGUAGCAGUUAAAACAUCAUAUUACACGAAAUACAAAAAAUUGCUGGGGUUCACCUAAUUUGAAUUUUCCCUGGUAACAAGGUAACCUUCCUCCUUAAGUCCAUUAUGUAUAAACGAAUUAAAUGCAUAUAUGAAAUGACAAGUUGUGCACAAAAGGACUAAUUACUGUAUAGAUGGCACAAAGGUAAAAGUUUGGCAUGUCAGUACAUGUGUAUAGUAACAUAUGUCAACAUAAAAUAUUAAACUAGGGGUAACCCCGUUUAUUUUCCUUUGCAUAACAUACAUAUGACAUACAAUUUCAUAUACAAUGUUAAUGAUAUAUAUAGUAAAAUAACAACAACAUGAACUUAACAUGUUUCAAAUCAAAAUCUCGUCAGAUUCAAUACGAAUAUUAUGCAAGUAGUUUGGGAAGGUAAGAAAAAAGGAAGGAGAAGGAAGUAGAGAAGAAAGAAAAGAGUUAUGUCGCUUGGGAGUUCUAACUUUUAUUUAUGAAAAAGAAGAUUAAAAUUGAGGAAUGAGGGAUGAUCGUUUCCUGGUUUCAGUAGUAAGUACUCAAUACUAGUAUGUGUACGAGAGUUUUAGGGGUUGUAAAGUUUAGUUUAGUCAGCUAUUAUAAUUCAUCACACUUUGACCAUUUUUCUCAUGUCUAUCUAACUUGUUUUGCAUCAAUGCGAUUUCUUUUUCAAUUUUUAUCCUAGCUUUCAAGUAUUGUACAAAGCAGUCAAACAUUGGAAUUAGAUUUAAAUAUAAAAUAUUUACAUAAUAUUAUUAUAAAGUUUAGAACAUCA